UUUUGGUAGCCUUGAAGACUGCACGGCCUUCAAAUAUAAAUCGAUCAUUAAGUAUUUUGUUAAAAUGGCCAAAUUCUUAAUCGAAUAAAAAUGGUGUUUGCGUAAAUAUUUUUUAGAUCUAGAGAGGUUAAAAAUGUACAUUCGAUACACUUUGUAAUGAUUUUCUAAAAGUGAACUGAAUAUAAAUAGAUAAAAGAGAACGUUUUUGCUGUGUUCGCGCGCGAGAAUAAUUGUUUUCUCAAGUCAUAAACUUUUUUGAUUUUGCCCCUUAAACAAAUAUACUACCUACCUAUAUCUUUUCAUUUCUUCCCACUAAAAUCAAUUGAUAUCUGGUGAUUAGAAAUAUAUUGUGAAUCAUGUUAAAAGUAUAACGUGGUUAAUUUUGUCUAUUUUUUCUUUAAUCUCCAUUAUUUUUGAUAAUUUCUCAAGCAUUUUAGUUGUCCUAUCGUCUUAGAUUUCUUGUCAUAAUCCGAUAAUGAUCAGUCUAAGUGACUUAAUCACAGUACUACCCAUAUUUUUGCUUCAUUUUUGCUUUUUUGGCAUAGCAAAGGGUGAUAUUCAUUGUCCAAAAAUGCCAUCUGGAGUUGAUUUGUAUUGUGCAACUGCUUGUUGCAUUAGCAACGAGGGAAUUGGGCAUGGUUAUUACUGCUGCGACAGUCCAAAUGGGAUGUCGCCGACUACUCGUGUUGAACGCUUUGUGGCAGCAUAUUCUCCGGGCACCUUUCAGAUUGAUUAUACACUGUUGGUGUUGGGUCUGAUUAUUUCUAUUAUACUAUCAGUAUUAUUGUCGUUCUUCUGUUGCUUGCUAUGUAAUGGUUGUUGGCUUCAUAGGCGCAGGAAUCCACACAUGUACGAAAAUGUGAAUGAUGAUGGAUUUUAUCCCAUCUGUUGUGGUUUUGGGAUACCUAUGGGGACGGUUGUCUUCAGUACACAUCCACCUCAGUUUAGAGGAGAUGAAAUGUAUGGAGGAUCAUCACUUAGCGGUGCAAGUCGAGGACGCGUUCGUUUUAAUGAGGAUGGAACGCCGAGGGGCGUGCUUAAGAACGGGAACGGAAAUGAAACUUUUACACAACAUUGA